UGGGUUCGGUGGUUCAAAUCUAUUGGGUUCCAUUAAACCUAGUUGCCUAGUUAGAUGGAACCCAGAUUGGUUCGUUUCUGGGUAUUCUGGCGUUUGGCUCUACUUGGCUUUGCUUGAAUUAGAGGAGGAAAGUUGUUUAAGAGAGGGAAAGAAGGAAGGGAGAAGAAGAAGAACCAACGGCAAAAACAGAGAUGGAGUUGUGCAAUUCUUAUGAUGAAUUUGAGAAGCUCGUUAUAAAGUUGAGCACUCCCAGGUUUGUUCUUCCUUCUCCCUCAAACCUUUUUUGCGAUUUUCAGUACUGCUCCUUCAACCAAACAUGUAUCAGUUUGUUUUGUUCCCCAUGUGUUGUUGAUUUUAUUCAUUAUUUCGAGCUUUUCUAGGUUUCUGUUUUCCCCUUGAUCUUUCUUCCUUGUAGUUUGUUUUAAUUUUGUAAGGUUUUGGUCUGCAAUUUUGGGUUUUUGAUUUAAGCAACGUGUUGUUUAAUUCUUUCAAUGUUGAGAUCAUAGCAGUUAAAUUCGUCGAUCUCUCCAUGAUCUGCUCCCUUUUUGUAUUUUUUAAAGAAUUUUUGAAUUUAAGCACUUAGGGGAAGAAUCAGAUCUCCUCAUAUAUCAACUUUUCCUUUGUUUUAAGCAUUUUAUUUAACUGGAACGAAUUCGAUUUUGAAU